AGUUUAUAAGUUUCUUUGCUCUCGACGCAGUCGGACGUUUAAAAAUAAACGCGCUCCUCCGAAAAUAACAAGCUCGCUGGCCGCAAAUUCCAAAGCGAUCUAGUACAGAAUCCGAGAAUCAGUUCCCCCGACUCCAAGGACCGAGAAGCACCAAAAGUUCCAAAAUGUUCAGCUCGAUUUCAGAUGCGUCGAAAUCCUCGUUGAAGAAUUUCGGCGACAAGACGGCCAACCUGUUCAGCAAGAAGAAGGACGAGGCCGAGAAGCUCGCCAACGAGAAGGCCUCCGAGGCCCAGAAGCUCGCCGAGGAGCAGGCCAAGAAGGUCGGCCAGUCGGUGCAGCAGACCAAGGGAGAGGCCGAGCAGCUGGCCGCCAGCACGGCCAAGGAAGCCGCCGCUCUGGCCUCCGCCGAGGCCCAGAAGGCUGGCCAAGCGAUCGACCAGGGCGUGAACCGCGCCGCCGGAGCAGUCAACCAGGGCAGGCAGGCGGUGGACAACACGGUGGCGCAGGCGCAGGCCGUCGCCCAGAACUCGAAGCAGGCGGCCGCCAACGUGGCCGAGGCCUCCCAGCGGGCGGCGGCCAACGCGGUGGACCAGACCAAGAAGGCGGCCAACGACGCCAUCAACAAGAGCGUGAAGGCCGCCGAGACCGUGGCGGACCAGAAGCUGAAGCAGGCGGAGGGCGCCAUCGACGGGGCCCUCAAGCAGACCGGCCAGGCGGUGGACCAGAAGCUGCAGGAGGCCAACCAGUACGUCGACCAGAAGCGGCAGUCCGUCGAGAAGAGCGUCCAGGAGGCGGCCGGGCAGGCCCAGGAGUCCGCCGGGCAGCAGGCCAACGCCCUGCUCGGCAAGCUCCACCUCGGCCAGAAGUAGAGGGGAGCGCCUCCGCCGGGCAGCUCGCAAUAUCUCGAUGUGAAGUGCUUGCAAACGGAACCGGAAACAGAGGGAAUUUGCUUCAAUGUAACGAGUGCCAGUAAUGUGAUGCUAAUCCUCGAUUGAAUAUAUACACACACAUAUUUUUGAAAUCUCGCUGGUAUUGGUAGUAGUCCUCCACUUGUAUAGGAGGCCGCUGCUUUUGGUGUGAGCGUUUCGCACAUCUCUGUCCGCACAAAUCGCAGCUAACCCUUCGUUCCCCUCGGUUGAUUUACUUUUACUGUUACUUGAGGCCUUUGAUAUUUUACACUCGGCGACGUUGAGAUGCUUUUAUAUACGUAUAUUCUGUUUAUGUAAAAAUGUAUGAUUAAGUACCUUUAGCUCUUGCACAAUACAUUGCAAAUGUGUUUUUAAAA